GUCAGCAAACUUGCAGAUGCUUGUAAUUUGCUCUAACAUAUCAGCCAAAAUUGAAGGGUGUAAAUUCUGCUCCUGUAUGUUAUGGUUUUGUGAUACGAACACUCAGCAAAACCGACACAUUUCGAAUCAGAAAAACCAAAAAAAGGAAGUACUGCACAUGCUCGAGGUCACCAUGGGCAGCCAUGUGAUUGAUGUCAGCUCUGGCCCAAUAGGAGGAAAGGGGGCGGGGCCGGAGGACCAAGUGCAGGCGGCUUGUCCUCCAACCAAUCGGAGCGGGUGAGGAGGUGGGACUAGUACAAGCCACGUGAUCGUUUUUGACUGCAACCACAGUAUCACUGUGAUUGAAGCCCUCGGCUCGUACGGAAGAUACCAGCAAUUAUUGGCAAAGCCCUGUGAUCUGUGGAGAAGGUCAUGUUUGACCUUUUUGUACUGCUGCAAUUUUUUUGGUGAAUGUGCUCCCACAAUGCAAUUAGGACACUAUACUAAGGAAUGCCUGCAGACAUUCCCUGGAGCUGAGAUGACUGAUCUCCAACAGCAACAACCACCUUCCUAUAUGCCAGUUUUACAGAGUAUUCGAAGGAGAUGAUUUGCAAUCACAAAGCUAAAAGAAUACAUCACAUCAGGGAUCGAUACAACAUCCAUAUCGUUGAAUGUUUAAUAUGGAAAGAAAAAGCACUAUUCACAGUGGAGAGAAACCAUGGAAAUGUGGAGACUGUGAGGAGGGAUUCAGAUCCCCCUCUGAGUUGGAAACUCAUUGGCGCAGGCACACAGGGGAGAGGCCGUUCUCCUGCCCUGAGUGUGGGAAAGGAUUUGUUCGCUCAUCCAACCUGCUGAGACACCAGCGAGUUCACUCUGGAGAGAGGCCAUUCUCCUGCCCUAAGUGUGGGAAAGGAUUCAUUCACUCAGCCGAUAUGCUGAGACACCAGCGAAUUCACACGGGGGAGAGACCAUUCUCCUGCCCCGAGUGUGGAAAGGGAUUCACUCGCUCAUCAGGGCUGCAACAACACCAACGGAUUCACACGGGGGAGAGACCAUUCACCUGCUCCAGAUGUGAGAAGGGUUUCACUCAGUUUGCUGACUUGCAAAAACACCAGCGAGUUCACACUGAGGAGAGACCUUUUCACUGUCUGGAAUGUGGGAAGUGCUUUAAAUAUUCUGGGGACCUAGUGCGCCAUCAACGUAUUCACACUGAGGAGAAACCAUACCGGUGCUCUUACUGCGGCUCUGCAUUCAAACAGUCCGAGCAGCUGACCGUCCACCAGCGAGUGCACACUGGGGAGAGACCAUUCAGCUGCCCCGAGUGUGGGAAGGGGUUCACUCAGUCAUCUGCACUGCUGACACACCAGCGCAUUCACACUGGAGAGAAGCCAUUUGCCUGCUCCACUUGUGGGAAGGCAUUCACUCAGUCAUCCACUCUGAGGUCACACCAGCGAGUUCACACUGGGGAGAGACCAUUCAGCUGCCCUGAGUGUGGGAACAGAUUCGUUCAGUUAUCUGCAUUGCUGGCACACCAGCGAGUUCACACUGGGGAGAGGCCGUUCACCUGCUCCCAGUGUGAGAAAGCAUUCAAGACUUCAUCUACCCUCCUGAAACACCAGCGAGUUCACCAGUAACUGCAGCAAUUCAGUUUUGCUGUUUAUUUCACCAAGGGUUGAACUAUAUUGACUGGGUCUGAUGUCAAUAACCUCCAGCCCAGGUGUUGGUGUUAAUACACUGGAUAAAGUAAAAUAAAUCAACCUUUUGUUAAA